GGCUGGGAACAUUGAGUCCUAGUAAACGGAAGUGGUCUGAAGUGAUCAUAUCCGCUUAAAUCUUGACGUUGAUCGGUUCUGUUAUUUUGCCCGGAUAGCACGGGAGUUUGGAUUCUGAACACCGAGCUUCAGUGGGCGGAAGUCGCGGGGCACCGGCGUCGGUGUACAGAGCUCUUUGAGGCGCGGCGCGAGGUGAAUGGGCGAACCAAGGAGGACUCUGCUGGUCACUGAAAGUCCAGGAUGUCACUGAGUACAUCCUAUUUGCCAUGAAGACAUUGUGGACAGGGUCCUGUGGCCUGGUGUUUAUGUGGAGGGUUUCCAAGUCAGGGAAGGGAUUGGGCCUCUGAAUUCAAGAGAAGAGAAUGGGAUGUUGGUCAGUAGAUGUCCACAAAAAUGUCAAGAAAUGCAGAAAGAACCAGAAGUGGCCAUUACCCACCACACUGCAUCACAUCUCUGCUCUCAGAAGGCAGGAUGAAGCAGACAGGUUUCUGGGCGCUGAGCACACAAGGAACUGCCUGAGAUAAUGGGGACUGUGUGUGGUUUGGUAUAGGGAAGAGAUGAGACUGAUCCCCACUCUGUCUUUUGGGGUGCAUUAUAAAACAGCAUAUAGCCUUAUUUGUUUGUCUGGGGGAAAUGGUUAUACUGAUGCUUAAGGAAUGGUUAAAAGAAUUCUGUGAGAGUUGGGACAUUGGCACCUUUGGUCCCAGUGCUCAGGGACAGAGGCAGGUGGAACUCUGUGAGUUUAAGGUACAUAGAAAACUACAGGCUAGCAAGAGCUGCACGGUGAGACCAUGUCUCAAAAAUGCUGGGCGUUGGGGUAGCCUGCAUGAACAGCUUGACAAAGGCCAGAAGGAGCAGCCUGGCAGCUUGCUCAUCUUUGUGUGUAUUUAUAGGCAGGUGCCGAGAGUGGGCUGAGCUUCAGAUGAGUUCAGGUCCUCGGUGCUCACAGUUCACACCUGCACCCCCACUUCAGAAGCAACUAGGUUACUACUUCCUCCUCUCACAGUUAAAAACUGGGAACUUCGGUGAAGUGUUCCUUAACUUCAGUCCUAACUAUGGUGUUGGGUGUUUACUUCAGGGGAUAGAGUUGUUUGGGAUUUUGGUGUGUGUGUGUGAUUGUGUGUAAUGUUUGUGCGUGGAUGUGAGUAUGGAUACACAUGUCUGUCCGUGCACAUGCUCUGAGGCCAAAGCAAGCUAUUGAGUGCCCUGCUCCAUCACUUCCAGCCUUAUUCCCUUGAGGCUGGGUCUCUCACUGAACCUGGAGCUAGGCUGAUAGCCAGAGAACCCAGAGAUACUCUUCUUUUGGUCCCACACAGUGCUGGAGUUACAGACAUUUGUGGACAAGCCUUCUUCAAGUUGCCGGGGAUUUGAACUCAGGUCCUCCCGCUGGUGCCACAAGCUCUCUUACGCCCAGCACCAUCUCCCCAGGGUCAUCAUCCUGGUCAGUACCAGGAAGGCUCUUCUGAGCUUUGUCUGUUAUCAUGCCUACACUGCGACUGUCUUGGGUCCUCAGAGACCCAUGUGUGGCACAUGUGAGCUGGGGACACAAGGUCAUUCCCUCCCUGGGGCUUUCUGUUGUCACUUUACACCUAAGUCAGACCACGUCAUCCAGGCUAUGGGAUUUUCUGCCCCAGCACAGCUGACCUCUCUGCUCAGCUGCCUUCCCGGGGACUUCUAGACACUCACCCAGCUUCCAGUUCCUGAGAAAAUCGAAUCCGCCAGCAAAGAGGCCAAGGAGAGAAACAUGCCUGCUGACAUGAAUUUGUCCCAGAAGCCCCAGAGACUGAACCCACGGGAGCAGGAUGGGUCAAGCAAGAGAUUGGUGUCCUUAGAGGAUGUGACUGUGGACUUCAGCCGGGAGGAGUGGCAGCACCUGGACCCCGCCCAGCGACGCCUGUACCAGGAUGUGAUGCUGGAGAUCUACAGCCACCUCUGGGCAGUGGGGCACCCCAUUCCCAGCUCCGGGGCCAUCUUCAGGAUAAAGAAAAGAAAGGAGGCAUGGAUGGGAGAGGCUGAGUUCCCACACCAGCAGUGUUGGUGUCAAGAAGUGGAAUCAGAGUUUUCCGCCCCUCGACCAAGAGUUUCUGAGUCUGAAGCAUUUCAAACUAGUAAGGCGAGGGAAAUAACAAGACACGCCCUGUGGUGUUCUAUCGUGGGACUGUGGCCAGAUCCUGACCCUGCAAAAAGAAAUCGGCCAAACCAGAAACCGCCCUGGAGUGCAGGUGUUCUCCCCAGCAAGGAAGCACCGAGCACUGAGAGAGGCUGUGGCUGUAAAGAGCCUGGGGAUGCCACUCCUUUGGUGUCCAGCCUCAUUUCCACACAAAAGGGAGCCCCGAAGGGACUCACAAGCAGUGUGAGGCAUAACCUGGAGGCAAAUGGUGAAGACCAAAGCAAUAUCACUAGACAGCUUAAUGAUGUUGUUACCUCUGGUCAGCUCUUCAGGCAAGACUCUUCUAACUCUGGCCACACAAUUCCUCAUGAAGGCCAGAAUUCCUGCAAAGGUAACCAGUGCAGGAAAGUUCUCACCCAUAAACACACACUUAGACAGCAGGAAGGGCAUCCGCAGGAGAAACCAGACGAAUGCCCUGAAUGUGGGAAGGUCUUCUAUGACAUGUCUGCUUUCAGGGAGCAUCAGGCAGCUCACGCUGGAGAAAAGCCCUUUGUCUGUCACAAGUGUGGGAAAGCCUUCCUCCAGAAGUCAGAGUUAACCUCCCAUCAAGAAACUCACACAGAGAAGCCUUACGUGUGCCCCGACUGUGGGAAGUCUUUCAGUCGUACAUCCAACCUGCAGGUUCAUCAUCGAGUUCACACUGGAGAGAAGCCUUACGUGUGCCCUGUGUGUGGGAAAUCCUUCAGUAAUACAUCCCAGCUGAAGGUGCAUCAUCGAACACAUACAGGGGAGAGACCUUACGUGUGCCCUGUGUGUGGGAAAGCCUUCAAGCAGAAGUCAAUCCUCAGCACACACGAGACAGUUCACACCGGGGAGAAGCCUUAUGAAUGUACUGUCUGCGGGAAAUUAUUUAGUUGUCCAUCCCGACUGAAAGUCCACUACCAGAUCCACAUGCAGGAGAAACCGUAUGAAUGUGCUGACUGUGGGAAGGCCUUCAAGCGCAAGUCAAGUCUCAGUGUCCACCAGAAAAUACAUAUUAGACAAACGCACCAUGUGUGCAGUGAGUGUGGGGAAGCGUUCAGUCAGAAGUCAGCGCUCAGCGCGCACCAGAGAACCCACCUGGGCAAGCGUUCUCACAGAUGCGGUGCUUGUGGGAAAGCGUUUACUUAUGCAUCCCAGCUGAAGAUGCAUCAUCGAGUUCACACAGGGGAGAGGCCUUACAAGUGCAGCCACUGUGGGAAGUCAUUUACGUACUCAUUCACGCUGAACGUGCAUUGUCGAAUUCACAAAGUGGAGAGACCUCACAAAUGUACCGUCUGUGGGAAAGCCUUGGCUUCCAAGUACCAACUCGAAGAGCACGUGCGGAUUCACACCGGAGAGAAACCGUAUGUGUGCACUGAGUGUGGGAAAGGUUUUCAUGGUAGGUCGGGCUUCCUGAGGCAUCAGAUAACUCACACCAGGGACAAGCCUUUCGUCUGUCCCAAGUGUGGGAAGUCCUUCUUUCAGCGCUCUCAGUUGACAUCUCAUCAGCAGACACACACAGGAGAGAAGCCUCAUGGAUGCCGUUUCUGUGGGAAAUCCUUCAGUCAUACAUCCCAACUAACAGUGCAUCAUCGAAUUCACACAGGGGAGAGACCUUACAAGUGCAGCCACUGUGGAAAGUCAUUCAGUAAUUCCUCCCAACUGAAAGAGCACCUCCGCAUCCACACUGGGGAGACACCGUAUGCAUGUUCUGAAUGUGGGAAGGCCUUCAGCCGGAGAUCAUCCCUCAAUCUACACACAAAAAUUCACACUGGAGAAAAGCACCACGUAUGCAGUGAGUGUGGGAAAGCCUUUAGUCAGAAGUCAGUACUUCGAGCACAUCAGAGAAUUCACACUGGAGAGAAGCCUUACAAGUGCCGGGACUGUGGGAAAGCCCUGGCUUCAAAGGGCCAGCUCCGCGAUCACCAGAGAAUCCACACAGGAGAGAAACCCUACGUUUGCACUGAAUGUGGGAAGGGUUUCUUUGGCAGGUCCUCUUUGCAUAGGCAUCAGAUAACUCACACUAAGGAGAGACCUUUUAUCUGUCAACAAUGUGGGAAAACCUUCCUCCAGAAGUCAGCAUUGGUAUCACAUCAGCAAAUUCACACAGGCGAGAAACCCUACGUGUGCCCUGAGUGUGGGAAGGGCUUCUACAAUAAGUCCUCUUUGCCCAGACACCAGAUGACUCACACUAGGGGGAGAUCUUUUAUCUGCCAACAAUGCGGGAAGGCGUUCCUGCAGAAGUCCGUGUUGAAAUGCCAUCAGCGAACACACACUCACAAGAAGCCGUAGGAAUGCCGUGGGAAACUGUUCCAUAACACACGGCCCCGAAGGCCAUCGUCAUAUCCACAGAGCAAUGCAGAGAGGACGAGAAGUCAUCCAGCAUCAGCCCAAUGGAUGUGCAGCAUUGGAUUCACACUGGGGAAGACACUGUUGUAUUCCGAAUGAGGGAGCCCUUCAGCAACGUGUCAGAUAACUAUAAGUACCACGCAGCUCACAGCGGACACGGUUCUCACAGGCUCAGUUUGGGUGUGAGAUCCUUUUCCAAGAAAUCAGUUCGUAGUCUCUGUUUCCACCUGAGGUAUAUAUAAUCCUUAAAUUACUUGAAGAAAAUGUCUUAAAAGAAUGUAUUGUACAUUAUAUCUCCUCUACAUUAAAUUAUCUAGAUAUGCACUGCUUUUUAAAACACAUUACUCAUGAGAGACUUUUGUAGUAUGAUUAUGGGUUUCAUCCUAGGAGGAAACCCUAAAACAAUGGACGGAGAAAAGUUUCUCUAUAGAAAAUGGCAAAAGACACAUUGUUACCAGACUAUAGAAAAGUUUGGGGAAUUUUGUAUCAACAAUAUUCCUGUUAAUUGUUAGAUAGUAAUAUUU